AUGUUGCGAAACUCUGGCAAGCCAUAUGUGUGCUGGAGAUGUCUUUCAUCCAGGCCGUCACUAUCGCCAGUCGCCGGCGGCUUGCACUCCACCCUACCACUCCAGCAGCUAGGGACAGGCUCCACGGAGUCUAGAAGGUCAUAUGCGGGUGGAGGAUCCCAUUACGGUGGCAACCAGGGCGGGAACUAUCGCGGGAAUUAUGGCCACCAAGGCGCCACGAAAGAGGAACUGAAAUACAUCCGUCAAAAGUCGGAUAUCAGGAUGCGGCUCCGGGACUGGGAGAGCGCAAACUACUCACCCUCGAAGCGUCUGCUCCAGGACCUGCCUACGCAGGACACGCCGCUGUUGAACUACCUGACCAGACCGGAUCUGCUCCCUGCCUCUGUGGGAUCCAUGGCAGGUAGAGAAAGGGAACUACACGAUAAAACCAAGCAGAACCGCGACUUGUCCGAAGGCGACGAACUUCAGGAUCUACGAGGAUCUACAUUCGCCCUCAAACCUGGUGACCUGGUCGAGACAAAGUACAACAGCGGCCGCUUGCCCAUCCUGGCAAUCUGUGUUGGCCGUCACAACAAUUCGCAGUACUUCUACAUGAGCACGGGUGAACUCGUCCCAGAGCGCAACAUCGUCACCCUCUUCAUCCUCAAAAACUUUGUCGAUCCGUACAGACUCAAGCCCCUCGCCGACAUCUUGCCCGCGGAACCCGAGACGGAGGAGCGGCGCAACGCGCUGUUUCACAACCAUACGCCGGAUGCGCUCAAGACCGCCGCUCAACUGCAAGGAGACUUGAUCAAAUUCUACCAGAACUCCGUCUCGUUCUACCAGUCCCAGCUCACCCUGGACCUCGCGAGCAAACACUUGGCCACGGACGAGCUGCAGUACCUCAGCCUCGAGGAGAUCGCGGACAAGCUGCUGCCUCAGCACGUAAAAGUGGGCGACAGGUUCCUUCCCCAUCAGCUGUACGCUGUGCACACCGCCCUGAACCGUGAUGGGUGGGGGUUCCGCCCGCUCAACAUGAAGUGGCACAGGCGCAACUACAUCUACGAGGUCAGGUCCACAUCCGACCUCAAACUCCUGAACAAGGUCGAGAACCAGGUCCGCGAACUGGUGGAGGGCGCCGCGCUGCGCGAAAACCCGGCGCAAUCCCUCUCCCUCCUUCGCCAGAACAGCCUCGGUUCCUUCAUCCUCAAGGCUCGCGGAAUAAUUCAGGCGAGCCGGCUGAGACGAGAGUGGACACCUCAUGGCAUGAUUGGACCUAGCAAUGACGAGGUGGAUAGCCUCGCGACUUGGAGCAAGCAGGAUCUCGAUUACAUCCGCUUCAUGGAGCUAUGGGCGUGUCACCGCAUCGUGCCGAAGCCAUCUCAGCUCGAGAGUCUAGGCUCCACCAUUCUCAAGUUGACGGACUGCUACAAGGAUUCCGACUGGGUGGCGUACUGGACGGCCUUCACUUUCCUCCAGGAGAUCGGCUGGAUUCCACCCUGGGACAUCCCAGCUCGUUACGAGUACAAGCUCGCGGGCACCACUGUCCAGCGAGGCGCUACCAUGGGGACGCCCCUCGUGGACGUCAACGCAUCACUCCGACCUGAUAUCGCUGAGGGCCACAGGCGUGACUGGGGCAAAACGACAAUCUUCUGUGUGGACUCUGAGCAGACGGCCGACGUGGACGACGGCUUCUCGGUCGAGGCGGCCGAGAAGCCUGGGGAAUAUUGGAUACACAUCCACAUUGCCGACCCGGGAUCCCGCAUCGACCCCAAGUCCGCGCUUGCUCGUCAACUUGAAAAGGCGCCGUCGAGUUUGUACAUGCCCGGAUACACCCAAAAGAUGCUGCCGCGGGAUCUCGAGCAGGAGUUCUCGCUGAACCCCGGCCGACCGUCGUUGACCUUCAGCGCCAAGGUCAACGAGAUAGGGGACAUCCUAGACUACAAAGUCGAGCCGGGCACCGUGCAAAACAUCUUGCACAUCCCCAAGGGAGAGGUCACUGGCAUCCUGCCCGGCCUUGAAACACAGACCGUCAGCAAGACCUUCGUCGUGGGCAAGCCACCCUCGCCGCCCAAGCCUGUGAAGCACAUCACUACCGCCGCAGACCUGUCCCAGGAAGAUAGGGACGACCUACUCCUCCUCAACCGCCUUUGCAAAGCCCUCGAGCAUCGCCGCGUGGAAAAGGGACAGCUGCCCCCCUUCGAAACCAGAUUCGACUCACCCAAGGUAUCCCUCGACCACAUCGUCGUCAAAGGCGACUCCGAUAACCUGACCAAGUCCAUGGCGUGGCAGGGCGACCCCUUUAUCGAAUUCAACACGUCCACGUACAGCAAGGCAGACCGCCUCAACGCCCCGACGCACUGGGUCGCGCAGGCGCUCUUGCGCGCGUGGCGCUUCGGCGAGGCACCGCUGCCAAAGACAUUUAAGCUUGUCGUCGACGCCGUCUACUCGUUUGGUCUGAGGGGUCGUUUGAGCACCUUUUACAACCUGGGCGCCUCUGUGAACCUGCUGGGGCUGGAUGGUUACUGUAGGCUGGCGGACAUGCAGGUUGAUGAUGUGCUUGAUGUCGAGAUUACCGACAUCAAUGUCGUGACCAUGCAGAUUUGGUGUCAGCCCGUGGGACGUCGACGUGUCGACAAGAAGAAGAAGACGACGAAGAAGGACGAUGCGCCUGCUGGCGAUGCGGUAGCGGCUACUCCCAUGCCUGCUUGAUUGCGCUGGGUAGCACAGCCUUGCGAUACCUGUAACACCACCCAGAGAGGAAUCUCGUGUAAGAUGAAAGACAAAAACAAUUGUACAACAUAACAUAGACAUGAUUCGAAUUUGUAAGAUAGUAGGAAACGUUGGGAAUCAUCCACACACUGGAUCAAUAUGUAGGGUCAGGAAACAGCCCUUUGGAAAUAGAGAUAGGCUGGCUAUCUGUAUAACAUUGCCAUGACCUCAACACGAAAUUCUAGCCUCAUCUCAACUACUGGAAAGAACGUUGCCUCAAAAUGGUAUCUGUCUUACAUCCGAGAUAUAAGUUUACAAAAUCUAA